AUGGGACGCUGUCGAUUCGGCCGGCUUGACGCUCGUCAGAUCACACAGAUCCUCCUCCUUCUGCUCUUCUCCACUCGCAGACUCUGCGGAGAAACGCUCGUGGCCGACUACGAAACCAACAUCGCGAUGGUCACGCCGCUAAUUCGUGUUGCCGAGCAACCUGAGGUCGCUCUUUCAUUGGCUCCUGCCAUGCCGCCAGAAGGGCCUGGCAUCGAGAACAUGUGGAAAGCAGCAGAAGAAGAUGAUCCGAUUUAUGGCCCGCCGACACAUGCCAAAGGAAGGACGUUGAGGUUAGAUGCUGCAGAACGAGCCAAUCAACUCGCUCCUCAGGAGAUGCCCUACAGCAUGGUUGGGCCGGUGAUGACGGAUUUGCCGGAAAAUGAAGCAGAAACAGGCUCGGCAACCGGUCUGCCGGGAAACGCGGACCUUCGAAUGAGCCCGACUCUGACCUCAAAUCCAGAGGUCAUCGUGGCAACAGAUGAAGCAACCACCCUUCUGCCGAGUUACGCCUUGACUGGGAACGGAGAAACCGACCAGAUGUCGAGAAGACUGAGCUCCGGCGGCGUUCUAAGGCCUCGUUUAGACGUGGAUCCCAUUGAGAUUAUCCAGGCUCUCGAUGCCUCUUUAGCACAGCAAAUUGCCUCAUCGACUGCGGCUGAUGAUCUUUCCACAGUAACACCGACGACGAUGCCCGAGGUGAAUGGAAACUCACUCGAUUUGUUGGGAAAUUCUCCUGAAGUUGAGUCCACUGCCGAUGGGGGCCAGAGAGAAGACGAGACUGCAACACUUUUACACUCCAACAUACCCAUUACAACAACGAUCACUCAACUGGAACCGACGGAAACACCUUCUUCGGCGCCAGUUGGUGUGUCGGAUCCGCUCGGCACACCAGCAAACUUCGAGACAUCGACAAGUUCGACGGCAAACUUGGACUCACACUUUGACGUAACCUUAAUGCUCUCUCAGCCAGCAGUUUUAGAAACAUUUACAUCUCCUGAAUCGGCUAGUGUCUUUCAGCACAGUAUUUCCAGCACAACUUCAUCCACCUUAUCUGCUUCACUUGUUUCGUCUCUUGACUACCCGGAAAAGCCUUUAACUGAGCACACCAAUGCUUAUGAUCCUGCCACAAAGUUGGAUGCAAGCAUGCCCACCACGAAAACCAUCACUCAGCCAGAACAAGCAGAAACAUUUGCACUUUCUGAAUCUGCUUUUGCCUCUGAUGGACUUAGUGCAAUCCCGUCAACUAUUUCUCCAUUGAUCUCGACAACUCUGAAUGCAGCCAUAGAUCCUUCCACCGUGAAACCCACUUCUACAACGAGUUCCAGUGAAUACUAUCCUAUGACAAGUAUGGAUUCACAUAUCCCCCCUGGCACAAUUUCCACCCAAUCAGAACCGGCAGAAUCAUCUACACCUUCUGUAUCUGCUGUUCUUUCU